AUGCCCCCGAGAACAAUCCUCCCAAAAGAUGAACAAGGUUCAAGCGACGGAUUAGCGAACAUGGCGCCUCCAAAAUCGGCAAAGCGAAAAGCCGUUUCCUCUGCUUGUAUUCCAUGUCGCAAACGCAAGAGCAAGAACAAAAACACAGCGCUCGACGUCGUCAUCAACUCUCUGUGUGCUCUUCCAGAGCAUGAGGCUACUGCACUAUUUCACAGCCUUCGCCGGGGCGAACGACUCGACAGCCUGGCUGAAGCUAUCAAUGCUGGGGACACCGAGAAACUACGAACACUAGACACCGAACUCAAUGGACCUUCUGGAACUCCAGGUUCCACCUUCCAUACGCAAGCUCCUUCAACACGGAAUGAAUCGUCACGCAGUCCUGUUGACGGUAAAUGGAAUGAUGCAGGAAGCCAGAGCGCAGCAGCAGAGUCGGCAUCCUCUUGGUUCCGCAUACCUCAAGACGCCGAAUUCGUGGACCAUCUGCUCAAUCUCUAUUUCUCUUGGAGCCAUCCGUUCUUCUGCUUCUUCUCCAAGGACCACUUUUUGCGGGAUAUGGCACGAGGUUCAAACAAGUACUGCAGCGCUAUGCUGGUCAACGCAGUGCUUUCAGUCGCCUGUCAAUACUCCGAUCGACCUGCGGCACGCGAGCGAGCAGGAGACUACUUCUUUGGCGAGGCACAAAGACUUGCCGAGAACAUCGGUGCGGCAGAAUUGACAUCCGUACAAGCCGUUGCAGUGAUGGCUGUAAGAGAGGGUUCUGCAGGCCGUGACCAUAUCAGCUAUCGUUUGAUCGGAAGAGCUGUGCGUCUAGCCAUGGAGAUGGGUCUCCAUCUAGCAGACACCACUGCAGGAGAGCCCAACUUGCGUUCUAGCGAGAUGGACAUUCGAAAGCUGACUUUCUGGGGCGUCUUCAAUUGCGAGAUGAUCUGCUGUCUGGCAUUGGGCAGAGUGUCCUCGAUCCCGAAGAACGCUAUUGAGAUUGAUAAACAGAAGCUGGAUGCACUGUUCUGGCAGCCGUACGAGGACGCCAAUUUGCCAGUCAGCCCCAGUGCUGUUCAGCCCAUGAAAUGCCUGCUCUUCCACAGCGUCCAGAGCAAGCUCUCUGAGAUGAUCAACGACAUCAACCUUAACCUUUACGCACCUAGAGAAAGAUUCACACCACGCCGGCUGGCGUCAGCAUACCAUCAGUACCAGAUGUGCGAACGCAUGUUGGGCUCUGCUGACCGUGUCAUAGUCNUUUUCCGGCCAUUCAUGAAGCUCGACCUCUCAGAUAUUGGACUCUAUCCGCGGGAGCUAGCGACUCAUUGCGCUACAGAGAUCUCAAAACUUAUGAACGCGCUCCGCGGAAUGUAUGGACUCAGGCGAACAUCUUUAGCCGUUAGCCCCAUCCUUCUGUCGGCUAGUACAGUUCAUCUCAUGAAUCUUCCCUCCCAAGGUGCAGCAGUACAGCUCACCCAAGCGAUGCUGAUCAACCGACUUGCGAACCAGUGGGGUAUCAGAUUGCCUGAGGCCACUGCUAACCUAGCACCCUUCCGAUCCCCGGAACUUGAUCAAGCUAUGCCGAAUAUGUCACUGUUCUUCACACAAGCUACACUCAGCAACGAGUCUAUGGAAUCGCUCGUCGCCCCUCCCGCUCAUGGCCACAGCCUCAGACAUGAUUCGGGUGGCAUCUUCGAGCCAUCCUUUGCUCCGCACAACAUGCCCAUCCUGCCGACAACCAGUCAGACAUCUUUGGGUGCAGGUUCACAACACAGCAUGCACUCUACUCCUAUGAACACGACCCCGGUCCAGGCUCAAACAAACAUGUGGUCAUCAUUCCCCUCCCAACAGAUGUCUGCACCGAUGCAACUACAACUUCCGACGGCAGACUUUCAGAUGAUGAACGUUGACCCUUCGACUUCUUUCGGCUACCAGAACCCAUAUCAGCAAAACCAGUGA